ACACAACUCAUCACUCUCUCUCAUAUAUCCCCCAAAUUAUAGAUUAAAUAGAUACAAUCAAUACACACAGUAGAAACACACUUGACUAAACCCUAAUUUUCUGCCCUUCGAUUUUUGUCAAUUAAGCUCGAAUCGAAGUUCGAAAAUGCCUCCGAAAGCAGCGCCCAAAGCAUCGAAAACAGAGAUUGCGAAGAAGCAAAAAUCAGUGGAAGACAAGACGUUUGGGCUUAAGAACAAGAAUAAGAGCAAAAAUGUUCAAAAAUAUGUUAAAUCCAUUGAAGCUUCUGCUAUUCCCAAGCCUGAUCCUUCUAAACUCGCUGCAAAGAAAAAGAAAGAUGAGGAGAAGGCGAGAGAGAAGGAGUUGAAUGAUUUGUUCAAGAUUGCUGUUGUUCAACCGAAAGUGCCAGUUGGGGUUGAUCCAAAGUCGAUUCUCUGCGAGUUUUUUAAAGCUGGUCAGUGUGGAAAGGGUUACAAGUGCAAAUUUUCGCAUGAUUUAAAUAUACAGCGGAAGGGUGAGAAAAUUGACAUAUAUAGUGACAAGCGCGAUGAAGACACCAUGGAUGAAUGGGAUCAAGAGAAACUCGAGAAAGUUGUUGAAUCCAAAGGAAAAGAGUACAACCAGAAUAAACCCACUGACAUUGUUUGCAAGCAUUUUCUGGAUGCAGUUGAAAAGAAACAAUAUGGUUGGUUCUGGUCUUGCCCCAAUGGGGGAAAAGAGUGUAUGUAUAGACAUGCCCUUCCUCCAGGAUAUGUGCUGAAGUCUCAGAUGAAGGCACUUCUCGAGGAGGAGUCUAAUAAACUUGCUAUUGAGGAUGAAAUUGAAAAUCAGCGUGCAAAAGUAACCACCACAACUCCGAUUACUACCGAGAUCUUCUUUCAGUGGAAAAAGAAAAAGGUGGAUGCAAAAGAAGCUGGAUUGGCUGCACAGCAAGCAGAGAGAGCAAAGAAUGACCGUAUGAGUGGUCGUGAGUUAUUUCUUGCACAUGCUAGCUUGUUUGUGGAUGAUGAAGAUGCUGCUGAAUAUGAGAAAUUUGAAAGGGAAGAACCUAAUAUUCCUGAACAGAAGGCUCCAAACAAUGCAUCUUCAUCUCAACCAAGCACUUCAAGUGUAGCCACGAAGUCUGAAGAAGUGAUUUCUGAUAUUGAUGAUGAUGACGAUGAGCUUGACCUGGAUGAGUUGAAUGAACUCGAAGCUAGUUUGUCUAGAACAUCUCUUCAAAUCCGAGAGCCUGGUCAGCAGGCUGUGUCUUGAAAAAUAGGUAAUAGAAUUUCUCUUCUGCCAAGUGCUGAUUUAAACUACAGUUGGAAGAAGAGGGUUGACACUUGAAUUAGAAGAGUCUAUCUGAUCAAGAAUUGGGUUAUUGCAGCUUGGGGUUUUACUCGAGUCAUUGCAUAUUUUUUCGGCAUGAGGCAGAACCCAGAAUUUGAGCCCAUUUUUGCCAUCAGUGCUUUCUAGUGUCAAGUGGUACUUGUGUUUUAAGUGUUUCCUGUAGUAAAUGUGUAUUGUUGGAUUUCUCAUCAAUCUUUAUAAUUAAACUUGAGAAUAUUUUGGAUGGAACCUCCUUCAAACAGAAUUACUGAGGUUAUGUUCUA